AGCAAUUUUGGCUCAAGCGACGGCAAGGCAAGCGCCGGCCCACUCCCGCAAACCGCACCUGUUGUUGCCCCGCCCUGCCGCGCGAUGCCGCCGGCACACGCCUGCGUCCUCGCCGCCCUGCUUUGGGGAGCGCACGCGGGAGCCGUCCAGCUGCAGAAGGUCGCCGAGGCAGCCGAGGCCGAUUGCCGCACCGCUCUGCAGGGCGAAGAGUGCUACCGCCAAGUGGACUGGCUCACGAGCCGGGGCCUCACGUACCUCCGUUUCCCGACGUUGAACAAGUCCGCCACCUUUGAGGACGUCCAGGAGGCCAUGAAUGCCGACGACCUGUGGUUCUUGGUGUGCCCUACCAGGCCAUGCCGUGCUGGGCAGAAUGAGGACUCCAGCAGGGUGGCUCCCGACGACCCGGACGCGGACGAGGACCUCGCCGCACCUUUCGUCGAGGACACGCCGCCGGAGCUCCCGGGACAGGCGCAGAAGGAGAACGCGACACAGGCCGCCUCGGCCCCAGAACGCAUGUGCUCCGCGCCCGGUCUCGCCUGCGGCCCAGCUCGGCCGAGGAGCACUGGCUGUUUCGUGUGGCUGCCCGACGGUUGCAAGACCCCGCGCCACUUCCACGCGAAAUUCCAUUGGCGGAGGGACGUGUGGGGCGAGGCCAACGCGCGCGCGGGGCAGAGCGAAGAGGCGUGCAAGGCUCGCAAGCGCGCGUUCGACGCCUGGUGCGGUGUGACGGACGCCGUCAUGUUGCCCGUGCUGGCGCCCCCCCACGAGGACAAGGGGCCGGCCCGCGGGUUGCCGGUGCGAAUCUUCGCCUAGGGAGUUAGGGGCGCCCUCAGGCCGAGCCCUGACUGGCAGGUCUGCGGCAGCCGAGGUGGCACUUGGGCCACUCGGGCCCCCGCCCACCCCCCUCCCUUACUGGCAGUCCUCCCGCCCCUCCCCUGCCCUCCAAGACGCGCUCCGCGGCCAGGCUCAUGAUCCGUCUUACUUAGCAUCGUGGUGAUUGCCCUCGAUAGUGUAAGGACAGGCUGUUUGGGCUGACAAUCCGUCAAUUGCCACAUGAGCCACCUCAUCUUGCGGAAGGAUCGAGUGCUCGCAGUGAGAAAAAAGGAGAAAGCCCCGCCGCCUGCGAGAGUGUCUUCUCCUUCUCACCUCCCCCCAUCGCUCGCUGUCGACUGUCGGCCAUGGCCCUGGGGCACGGCACAGGGCCCCCAAAGGCCGAAGUUGGGCCACCUCUCGCCUCUCUGCCCUGCCCUGCCGCCCUCGAAGGAGC